CGGCGGCGUGUGAAUGGAGGCCUCGGCCCCGGGCCGGGCGCGGCGGGGCUGGCGGCGGGCCCGGGCCGCGGGGUCCCCGCUCUCCCGGGCCGCGGUGGUCCUGGUGGUCUCCGCGCUGGUGCUCUGGGCGCCCCCGUCAGUUGGAUAUUUGGAUCGAUUACCAAGAAAUGCUAACUUGCCCCAAGAUUCAGUGAAAAUAGUGGGAUCACCAAAUAUUCCAGUGAAAGUAUAUGUUAUGCUCCAUCAAAAGAGUCCACAUGUGUUAUGUGUAACCCAGCGUCUGCGGAAUUCCGAACUGAUAGACCCAUCAUUCCAGUGGCAUGGGCCUAAAGGAAAAAUCAUUUCAGAAAACAGCACUGCACAAAUCACCUCCACAGGAAGCCUUGUAUUCCAGAACUUUGAGGAAAGCAUGAGUGGUGUUUAUACAUGUUUUCUGGAGUAUAAACCUACUGUGGAAGAAGUCAUUAAAAAUCUCCAACUGAAAUAUGUUGUAUAUGCUUAUCGUGAGCCGCAUUAUUAUUACCAGUUCACAGCUCGAUAUCAUGCAGCUCCUUGUAACAGUAUCUAUAAUAUUUCUUUUGAGAAGAAACUUCUUCAGAUUUUAAGCAAACUUGUUCUUGACCUUUCAUGUGAAGUUUCCUUACUCAAGUCUGAAUGUCAUCGUGUUAAAAUGCAAAGGGCUGGUUUGCAAAAUGAAUUGUUUUUUACAUUUUCAGUUUCAUCUCUAGACACUGAAAAAGGACCCAAGCCAUGUGCAGACCAUAGUUGUGAAUCUUCCAAAAGACUAUCUAAGGCUAAAAAUCUCAUAGAGCGGUUUUUUAAUCAACAAGUGGAAGUUUUGGGCAGACGUGCAGAGCCAUUGCCUGAGAUAUACUAUAUUGAAGGUACCCUCCAAAUGGUUUGGAUUAAUCGCUGCUUCCCAGGGUAUGGAAUGAAUAUCCUGAAACACCCACGAUGUCCUGAGUGCUGUGUAAUCUGCAGCCCUGGAUCUUAUAACUCCCGUGAUGGAAUUCACUGCCUUCAGUGCAAUAGCAGCCUGGUGUUUGGAGCAAAAGCAUGUUUAUAGGCCAUCAUUUUGAGCUCGACGAUGGUUUGUCAAACACAAAAGUUUAUUUUUGAAGUAUUAAUAUAUAAUAAAUCACUAUUAUGC